AUGGCCCCCCCGUCCUCGCGAGCCGAAGUCCUCGCCCAUCUCAGGAACCAGAUCAAGAAUGGGAAGCCGAUUGUCGGAGCCGGAGCUGGCAUAGGGUUGUCGGCCAAGUUCAUCGAGGCUGGCGGCGGCGAUCUCAUCAUCAUCUACAACUCGGGUCGCUUUCGAAUGGCUGGGAGGGGCUCCCUCGCUGGCCUCAUGCCCUAUGGAGACGCCAAUGCCGUCGUGGUCGAUAUGGCGAGGGAAGUCCUUCCUGUCGUCAACAAAACCGGAGUCCUUGCUGGUGUCUGUGCCUCGGAUCCAUUCCGGAUCAUACCCUUCUUCCUGCGAGAGUUGAAAAGCAUGGGAUUCUGCGGAGUCCAGAACUUCCCCACGGUCGGUCUUAUCGACGGCACCUUUCGAGCAAAUCUUGAAGAAACAGGCAUGGGAUUUGACAAGGAAGUCGCCAUGAUUGCCGAAGCACACAAGCUGGAUCUCCUUACCACGCCAUAUGCCUUCAAUGUCGACGAAGCUGAACAAAUGACGAAGGCAGGCGCCGACGUCUUGGUGUGCCAUAUGGGCUUGACCACUUCUGGAAGUAUAGGUGCAAAGACUGGAAAAACUUUGGAUGAGUGUGUCCGGUUGAUUCAGGAGAUGAGAGACGCUGCGACAAAAAUCAACCCUGGAAUCAUCAUCCUCUGUCACGGAGGUCCCAUAGCCGAGCCCAAGGACGCAGACUAUGUGCUCAGGCGCGUCAAGGGCAUCCAUGGAUUCUACGGUGCAAGUAGCAUGGAGAGAUUACCCGUUGAAAUCGCCAUCACGAACACAACAAAGGAAUUCAAGAGUUUGAAUAUCAGCCAGUGA